CCGGGCUCCCUGCCCAGGAGACCCGAACCCGCCGCGCAGGGGGAAGCCGGCGGGGCAGAGCCACGGCGCUGCCCAGAGGAGCAUCAUGCUGGAGUCCAUCUGUGUCACCGAAAAACUUCACUGGCCUAAGACAGAGCUUUCUAGGAAAUCAAUCCUGAGCCUGGAAGUACAUAAGCUGAACAUUAAUAAUGAAAACAGCCUCCAGCAUCCGCCUUCUGGGAUCCUUAAGGACAUUUUCACGACAGGAACCAGUAGCUACAAUGUCCUUCUACAGAGCAAGGAGGAGAAAAAACACCACGCCCAAAAGCAGGCAGCUGCUCACCACAAGAAGCACAGGAAAACCUCCAAGGGUUCUACCAGCCUGCGAAGCAACGAGCACCGCAAAGUCAAAGCCCUGCUACCCUUGCUCAGCAGUGGGUGGUACUGCACAAACAGACAGCCCUCCAUCAUCGUCACUAGCCCAGUGGCUACCAGUGUGAAGUUUACAAACAGCAUUUCAGUUGCAGGGAGCAGCACAGGACUGCCACCUCGACCCAGAAGUAGAACUAAGAGGCAUUUUAAUCUGACAAAGCCAAAGCAAUCACAGUCCUCAAAAAACAAGGGAAAAGAAGGCGAUGUGUCUGGCCAAAAACUCUGUUUACUAACUGCAAUCAAGCCCUCCAAUGUGGAGAAAGAGAAGAUUAAAUUCUUCAACUCAGAUUUCACAUACAAUCCUCAGUUUGAAUAUGAAAACCCUGCUCUGCCAAAUGUGUUAGCUAAGCACAGCCAUGCAUCUGACAGAUUUCUUAAGCAGUCCAUUAACAUUAUGGAGCGAACAUUGCAGAAAUAUGGAAGCUAUGAAAAAUUUGAACAGGCCACUGGAGGCAGCUUGCUGACCAAAAGUCGCAUCUGGAAUCGUGUCAGGAAAUACAUGGUGAAAGAAGGCUGUCUUGGUGAGAUUGUGGUCCAUCUCACGGAGGACCUGCUGUCCCGAGCCUCAAUGACAGUGGUGAAUGGCCGCCCCACUCUCACUAUCAAUAUCUCCACUGCACGAGAGCACUGGCUGGAGGGGAUGCUGAGACAUGAAAUUGGAACUCAUUAUUUUCGUGGUUUUAACAACAACAGCCAGCCUUGGUGCAACCGGAACGGACGUAGAAAACAUGGGUUAAAACCAAUCAACCCUACAGAAGAGGGGCUGGCGAGCAUUCACAGUGUCCUGUUCCGCAAAGACCCUUUUCUUUGGAGAGCUGCCUUGCUCUACUACACCGUGUAUCAGGCUAGCCAAAUGUCCUUCAGCCGGCUUUUCCAGGACGUGGGGAAAUUUGUCAAAGACCCCAACACUAGGUGGGAUUACUGCGUACGAGCCAAGAGAGGGUGGACUGACACAUCACAGCCAGGCUGUUUCAAUAAGGAUCAGGUGUACUUGGAUGGCAUCCUCCGAAUCCUGAGAUACAGGGACUCCAUUGAUUUCUAUCUUCUGACAGCCCUUGGAAAGAUCUCAUAUGAGGACGUGGAUCGCCUGAAAGGAUUAGCUGUGAUUGAGAACAUGAGGGUGCCCCACUUUUUGCAAGACCACACCCGGUAUAUGGAGCACUUGGAAAAGAUCAUGGAAGUCAACGAACUUACUGAUGAGGAGCUCCAGGAUCUCAUAAAUUAACAGUAGUAGCCCACCUUUCACUUACAUUGUGAAGAUGUGGAAGCGAACUUCCCUGAGCUUGCAAAAACGGACUUACAAGGAGUGGGACAGAAGGGUGGCCAGAAUAUGUGAAAUUCAGAAAAAGCUCCGUUAUGUUCCUUUUGCAUUGUGAUUGUAUACUGAUUGGUUUUUAAAGGGAUUGUGCAUUUUUAAAAAAAUUUGGCUUAGAAAUUCCUGUGCAGUGAUCUAUCCAAUCAUUUAUACUGUUUUUUAUGCUAGGUGUAGUGUUUGGUGCUGUCUCUUGUAAUAUAAUGUUUUUUCCCACCCAGGUUUAGAGGUGGAAGAAAGGAGAAGGAAGAGGAAUUCCCCUUUAGUUAACUUGUGUUUGCCUUAUCUUUGGUCAUAGCUUUCACAGUUCAUAGCAUAAUCUACAGCAGUUCUAUUGCUGCAUUGCUGUCUGCAUAACUUUCCCACUUAGUCAUCACUGCAAUUAAAACAGAAAGUUUAAGGACAGUGCACAGAAGCAGGUCUUUGUGCCACAGGAUCAGAGCUCUGUAAUGUUAUAAAACGUUUGAGGUUUUUUUUUUUUGUGAGAGAAUAAGCAUUUUAAAAAAAGAAAAAAGAUAGGUAUUGCUGUUUCAAUUACUGUAAGAAGGUAGCAAAGUUAUUUCCCUUUAUUUCCUCAAAAAGUUACACUGUUCCACAUCUUUAUCUGUAAAGUACAUGUUUCAGGAAGCUGAAUUCUGGAAAGGGUCUGCCUCCUCUGAGGACAAGCAUAGCAUGUCUAGGAAGUUCAACAUGGCAGUUUUUUGGGAGAAGGAUCAAGCAGAACUGUGAUUUCAUGACUUAUGUGUUCUAAAUAAAUUCAGGAACACAGGGUCAUGAUUCAGGACCGUGGGCAACACUCACUUCUUCUCUGGGUCACCUGAGCCUACAGAGGAUCAAGUCAUAUUUUUGAGCAGUACCUCCAUGCUACAGCAACCUUGAGCUUGCAGAGCUUGUUCAAGAAACAAGAUGCGACAGGGGGAGGAAAAGAAGACUCACAAGUGCCCUAUUCCUGUGUUCCAACAGAAGUGCUGCACCACUCUGAAGCAACUUUACCUCUGUGUUAACACUCGGUGCUAUAUCCAGGACCAAGAAGAGAAAGCUCCUUACUGUAAGGCUUUCUCUAGUCAUGUGAUGAAUAGCUUAGGUGAUGCAGGAGGACUUAAUACAUAAACUACAUUUUCUGAUUCCAGAGUAUUAUGGAAUUGUCAAGGCAAAUUGAGAUUUGCACCUAAAAGUUUUCUGACAAAGGGUUUUGUUUGAGGAGACAGCAUUUUACCAGGGCUCCUCUGAACUUCCGGGAAGCAGCUGUGGGAGGAGAGGCUAUGCAGGAACUAUUGAGAGCCUUGGACAGGGCUUCUGCCCUUUUUUACCCCUCUACUUUGGCCCACUGGUAACAGGUCUGGCAUGAGAUAAGUGAGUAGAUGGAGCCAAGGUUUCCUCUAUGCCACAUUUGCAUGGAUCUGAGCCAUAGUAUCCUAUGUUCUUUAAAGAAACAAAUGGAAUAACCCUCCCACCUUAUUUUACAUCCAUGACAUUACCAGUCAUGACAGUAAAGUCUUGAGAACACAUUUUCUGAUCUCUAGGAAAAUCUGAGGAAAAAGCUCUCAGUUGGCUAAGAGGUCUGAAAGGUUUAUGAAUAAUCCCAUAAAAGCAGCUGCCUUUCAGAUACUAUGGCAGGUGUGUUUGCAGUGGCUGGCUGGCUGACUGCUUCAAAAAAAGAAAAUGCAUUCAACAAUCACGAAUUUACUAAAUUUGGUUAUUUUCAAGGCAGGGCCCAAGAACAGCCUGCAGCAGCCUUAAUUUUGUGUUGUCAGUAUUGUUCAGCAGCUGAAAGGCUUUCAGCCUCUGUAUGCUGAAAUAAAAGCCCUAUUUUCUCUCCUCCUCUCCUUCAGGCUGUCUAGUUUGAUCACUGGUGACUUCGCCUGCCCAGCUUUGUUUUAGAGCUGCGUAGAGUAGAAACUGUGUUGCAGCAGCCUGACAGGACCCACUUGCACUCAGUCACCCACCUGCUCCAGGGUUUGGCUGCUUUGCCAGAAACAGCA